AUGAUGUCCCACUCAUUCACUGUCCGCGUCCCCGUAACUUCCGCCAACAUCGGUCCCGGCUUCGACGUCGUCGGUCUCCCACUCUCGCUCUACCUUACUCUCUCUGUUACCGUCACCCCGCCAGCUCUUGGAGAUCCUCCACAUCCUCCACGACUGCUCUAUACUGGCGAGGGCGCCGACGAGCUUCCGUUGGAUGCCUACAAGAACCUCACCACUCAUGUCGCGCUAUACGUCCUUCGGUGCCAUCGCGCGCUUCCACGCCAAUCUCUCCAUCCACGCGGGCAAAUUCCCUUUGGACGUGGACUCGGCUCCUCUGGUGCCGCCGUCAUUGCGGGCGUCCUGCUAGCCGACGCAGUCUGCUCACUGAACCUCUCACGCCAGCGCGUGCUCGACUUUGGGCUCAUGGUCGAGCGCCAUCCGGACAAUGUCACCGCCGCGCUUGUCGGCGGCUUCGUCGGCUCGUAUCUGCGUGAGCUGGACCACAAAGCGGAGGAGGCCGCACUCGUGCCGCUGAGCAAAGUUCUCCCCGAGUACCCGCCUGACGAGGACCCCCGACAAUUGGUGGAAAUGCCUGAUCCUGAGGAGCCCAAAAUGUCCGUUCGCAGAAGCCGAUUUCUGGCCUGA